CCCCUUCCCCCAUAGCUGGGCUUUAGAAGUUGUGGAAUGUAAACUCCAGAAAAGUUUGUGAGUCGGCAGAACAGGAAGAAGAAAGCUUGAAGACAACAGGUCAGGUGAAGGAGCGUAUACCAAGGGAAAACCCCAGACAAACUGUUUCUAUGGCAAACAGGACAGAACUUUCACACCUUCUUCAGCCAAUUAAAUUAAAGAAGCUUAUUCAGGACUGGCUGGAGGAGGACACGCCCAGCUUUGACUAUGGUGGCUUUGUUGUCGGAGAGCGAGAAGAAUCUGCUACUUUGUUCUGUAAAUCCCCUGGGGUGCUGGCAGGAGUCCCCUUUUUUGAUGUUGUCUUCCAUGAACUUGGCUGCACUGUAGAGUGGUUUUACCAGGAAGGGUCACAUCUGGAACCUAUAUGCCAUGUUGCCACAGUGAGAGGUAAAGUCCGGCAUCUCCUGCUUGGGGAACGAGUAGCCUUAAAUUGCCUUGCAAGAGCUUGUGGUAUUGCAUCUGUUGCUAACAAGCUUGCUGAUCUUGCCAAGAAGGCCAGAUGGCAUGGAGAAGUAGCUGGGACCAGGAAAACAACACCAGGCUUUCGAUUAGUAGAAAAGUAUGCCAUGCUUGUUGGGGGUGUGUCUACACACCGAUAUGACCUGAGCAGUAUGAUAAUGUUGAAAGAUAACCAUGUAUGGUCAGCAGGAAAUAUUACUCAGGCUGUAAAGGAUGCCCGAAAAGUGGGUGGCUUCUCCACAAAGAUUGAAGUAGAAUGCCGUACGUUGGAUGAAGCAAGACAAGCUGCAGAGGCUGGAGCAGAUGUUGUUAUGCUGGAUAACCUUUCUUCUCAGAGUGUGCAGACUGCUUCACAAACUCUGAAAUCAGAAUUCCCUCAUCUCCUUGUCGAAGCCAGUGGGGGCAUCACAGAGGAUAACAUUACUUCAUAUUUCAGCCCCUAUGUAGACAUCAUCUCCCUCGGUGCCAUCACACAGAACUUCCAGGUUGUAGACUUCUCACUCAAAAUCACCAAGGAUCGCUAUGACCAAAGCAGCAAUGGAUCUUUAUCCCACUCUUCAACUCUAUCAUCUGCACCGCCAUCGAACACCUCCCUGGGAAGGAGAAAUUUUGCAUUUUGAUGGAAACAUUGACAGCAAUGGUCAUGUCACUUGACUGACCUGGUACUUUUCUUCGCCUAAUCCUUCCAGGAAAUUUACUGGUUAUAGAAUGAACUCUUGCUUUGGAAAUGUUCACAAAUCCUCUGCAGUUUUUUUCAUUUUUCUGUAUCUUUUAAUUAACAACAUGUAUAGCUAUGUAUAAUAGCAGCAUAACUGCAUAGUUCUGAGCAUUCAGGACAAAAGAAAAAAGGCACAAGGCAUAACCCAGUAAACAGUUACAUGUAGUAACUGACCAGAGUAUUGGCUGUAUGAACUGGGGCAUUCCUAGAUUUUCAAGACAGAGCAAAACUAUGACUUUUUGAGUUUUUAAAAGUAACUUAUAAAUGAUAUGAAAGACAAGCCAUGUACACUGUUGUAAUUGUCUUAUUAUAUGUUUUCAUGAAUCUGUUCUUCAUAGAAAUGUUUCAUACUGUUUAAGCAUUGCAUCUGCCACCUCUGUAGGUAACAUCCAUUGCAUCCCUCCCCAUAAAAGUGAAGUGUAUUUUUUGUCUGACUUUACCGUUUUGUUUUUAUUUCCAUACAAACGUGAUUUAUGAUGUUAUGUCUAAUAUGUGCAUCCCAGAUGAAAAGGUAACCUUCAGCUCUAGUGUAACCAUCCCAGUCCUCCACCCACCACACCAUGCAUUUCCAGUAAAAACCUACCAGCCCACCAGGCACAAUGCAUUUCCUGUAUGAACACCCACAACACCAGGUACCAUUUGUUUCUAUCAGGAAAAUCCUAUCCCAUUAUAAAUAUCCCAACCCACUAUGUACCGUGCAUUUCCAGUAUGAACAUUCCAACCCAUCAGACACCUAGCAUUUCCAGUAUGAAUAUCCCAGCCCAAUAAGUGUGCUUCCAGUUUGAACAUAUCAGCCUACCAGGCACCAUGCAAUCCAGUAUGAAUAUUUCCAAUUUACCAGUUAACAUGCAUUCUCAGUAUUAACAUUCCAGCUUAACAGUUACCGUUCAGCUCGGAUGUCGGUGUCUGCCUUAGCAGAUACCAUGCACUUCCUGUAUGAACAUUCCAGUAUGACAGGUACCAUACACUUCUGGUAUGACUUCCUCUUCCUGGUAGGUACCAUACACUUCUGGUAUGACUUCCUUUUCCUGGUAGGUACCAUACACUUCUGGUAUGACUUCCUCUUCCUGGUAGGUACUAUACACUUCUGGUAUGACUUCCUCUUCCUGGUAGGUACUAUACACUUCUGGUAUGACUUCCUCUUCCUGGUAGGUACUAUACACUUCUGGUAUGACUUCCUCUUCCUGGUAGGUACUAUACACUUCUGGUAUGACUUCCUCUUCCUGGUAGGUACUAUACACUUCUGGUAUGACUUCCUCUUCCUGGUAGGUACUAUACACUUCUGGUUUCAGAGUCUCAAAGCAGGUGCAGAACAUUUCCUAUAUUAACUUCCCAUUUCACACAAGUACUGUGUAUUUCCAGUAUAAGCAUCCCAACCCACUAGGUACUGUGCAGAACUAACAUGGAGAACCUCCAUUAAUAGGUCCUGUGUUGGGUUUAUAAGUUCUGUCAGUCAUAGUCUGGUAAAUUUUGGGGGAGCACACACAUGCUCAUAUCAAAGCAUGCUGUGACAUAAUGCACUGCCUACUUAAAAUCAACUAUCCCCUGUGGCCACCAGGUCUUUUUGCUGCUUGCCUAGUUUGGAUUUCAGACUUGCUAUUAGCAAAGCAUGUUUUGUGUGCCUGAUGCCUUUAUAAUUUUUCUGAGUAUCAAUAUAUACAUCAAAUUACCAGUCAAGGCCUGCAUCAGCAUUCAUUCUGAGGGACUCCCUUUCAGUCAUCAGUUCUUGAUCUGGAGGAAUGCAUGGCUAAGGCUUCCCUCUUAAGGCGUUCCCCAGAACCAGAACAGUUGGUCAUCCCCAGUUAUGAGGAGUCCAUCAUUUUCCCCAUGCCAGAGUGUGAACUUCAGGACAUCCUCAUAUGUUUGAUAUCUGAUGAGAAAGAGUCAGAAAUACUGGAAUGGACCAUUAUGGAGUGCAGUCAGAAGUCAACACUAAGCCCAGCCCAGACCUUUUUCCCUUUCAUGCCGGUUGCCAGGUGAUUACAUGUGAGCUGUCAGUCCCCCAGCAUCUAAGCAUUUCAGUUGCAGGCUUGCAUGUGAGAUUAACAUGCUUGCAGCUGUAAGUGCAGCACUUAUGGCCAGUCACAGCCUUCUAGAAGUUAGGGAAUUUAGAGGCCAGUCUUUGAGACCAGGUUACUGAGUCACUUCACCCAUCUGCCUCCCCUUGUAUGAUCCCUGCUUUGGGAGCUAGUCAGUCUGAUAAAUAAUAGUUUGUACUGGUCAUGAGCUUCCUGUUCCUUCCCCCUGCAUAUGUUUACUGAGCAUCUCAGAAAGAAGCCUGAGGAGCCCUGCUUUUGAGUUAUCCCUCAUCAGAGCCAAUUAUUAGGAAUAUUGUGGAUGCAGUUUGAAAGCACACUAACAGAGGCCUUCAGCUCCCAAAAAGCUUGACGGCCUCUCUAAGCCCCCAUGUCAAUGAAAAGUGCCCUUUUUAAGCAUCCAAAGGUUGAUGAGAUUUCUUUGGAUCAGCACAGGUUCCAGAGUGCAGAUCGUUUUGCUGCAUUAUACAGUCCAAAAUUCUACAUGUUUAUCAAGACUGUGUUGUACUUUGCUGUAAUGAAGAUUAGAGUUCUUAGUUGCUUGUUUCCCCUGUCCAAGUUCCAGUCCCAUCUUGUGUGUCAGGUUCUGGGAAAGCUUGAUGAGAAGCUAAUAGGGGCUCAGGUUACAUUUAUAUUGAUCUCUAUAUAGUUCACUUCAGCGUUCCUUGUCCAUACACUGACUGUGGCUGUAGGGUCAGAAGUGUGGCUGUGCAAGAUGACAUGUCUGAAGCUGUCCUCAAUAAAGGAGGUGAUUAGUUUAAAUGGAAAGUGCUUUUUUGACCAACUGAGCUGAGAUAGUCAGUGACCUUCUUAAGAGAAACUAGGCCCUGACCACUGCGGAGGGUCUUAGUGAUCCGCUGUUGUCUUUUCUUCUUCUUUCAAAGCCAACCAACCACAAGACAGGAGCUGAAGUAUCACAUGUUUUCCCCCACUUCACCUCACCGCACCCAAUCCCCUGUCAUGGCUGCUAAGCUACCCAAAAGGACAACCCCUGCAGGCUUCCCCAAAGCAGCCCUGAUCUGGUCUGGAGCUGCUUGUAAGGCCUCUUUCACCAGUUGUUCCCCUGGUUUGAGAAAUGAUCACAAAGAGGUAGUGGGUUCAAGACAUGAUCAUUCUUGAUCACAGACUGGAGCUCAUCAGUCCACCCACAGAAAGAGCUCUGCUACUGGAGCAGUCCUGGCUAGUUGUUAGGAUGGCUCCAGGCUGUACAGCUAAACAGAAAUGUGGAGAGUGACAGUUUUGAAUGAGCAUCUGGGAGUUUUAAUCCUGUCUUUUCCUGGUCCCAAAAGCUAUGGAUGGUUUUAGUCCGUUCCUGGACCUCGGUGAUGUUAGUCAUCACAUCAGGUAAGUCUGGUCUCAUGCUCUUUCAUCAGUAGAGUGAGUGGGUGGUGCCAUGAGGCAUGAUGGAUGUCUUUUAGCACAUCAUUGUGUGAGGUCCACACAAGAUGCCUGGUUUACUCUGAGUGGGCAUCACGUUUUGUACAAACUGUUGCCUUUGGGCUUUUUUAUCACCAGAAGAGGGUUUUCAUGUG